GUGAGGGAGGAAGGCUGACGGACUAUAACCCAGAUGCUCCGGAUCGCAGGGCCACCCUCCCCGGCACUUACGACCCCGUGGUGGAGCGAGAGCUCCGCACACUGGGCUCCCGCCCUCCGGGGCCCCACCUGGACCCCACAAACCCAGCCAGGCAAGCUCUCGGCGGGGGUCCCACCGAGGGGGCCCCCCCUGUCCGUCACCUGGGUGUGGAGCCGCUGAUCCGGGCGUCUCACGCUAACCUGGCCCGGCCUGUUCAGGGGUCAGAGGAAAGUGUUUCUGUAGGCAGCGACUACUAUGGGAGCAUGUUCAGCCUCUACAGAGGGAGAACAUUUUCCAUGCCGUUAUAGCACAAGGCUGUUUUUUCUUUUAGGAGUCCAUAAAACAAAAAGACUGCCCCCAAAUUUCAAGAAAACCAGACAUUAUGUCCCCAACUUGCAAAAAUUGUAUGAGACAUGACAGAAUUUAUAAAUGUUUUAUCUAUUUGAACAUUUCUUGUUGUUACUUCCCAUCUUUAUUUCCAUGUCACACUUUCCUUUGACUCAGUGUGGUUUGAUCUCAAGCUAACAACGAUUCCUGCAGAUGUGUAUUACUCAGCACUUCUGGAAACUGGGACGACUCUAUUUUUUUUUUUUACCCUCUGCAUGAUUUUCUGCAGCAGCCGCUCACGUUUGCAGUAACACACAAUCUUUAUGGGUUUGCUGUGGCUUGCAUGGGUUGCUGGUUUUGAUCCAAGCUAAUAUUAGCAUGAAUGUUGUCACUCACCCUAACAAUCAUGUGAUUUGCAGGCAUGAUGUUUUUGUAUUUGGACUUAAAGCAGGGGGUGCUUCAUGUUGUACAGUUAUUAUUAUCGUAGAGUUUGUUCCACUUCACCGCAGUUGGAUUAAGAUCUGAAGAAAUCUUAUUUUAUCUUUCAUUCUUUUCUCGGCUAUUGUAUUUGACCCUGUCUCUAAAACGGAGGCACACAUGAGCACAGACAAUACACAAGGCAAGAACACAACUGACACAAAAUGGACGCUCAUCUGCUCCUGUAUUGCACCUCCAACCCCCACAGGAACGGCACCAGCUCUAACUUCCUGCCUAAAUUUCCCUUUAAUGCUCAACCCUCUAGGACUCAAACUGCUGAUGAAUCGCAGGGGCUUUCCUCCUGUGUCCCCCUGUCUUCUCCCCAGCCACCUCCCUCCACACACAAACACAGCAGCAGUACCCCAAACCAAGACCUGCGUCAAGCCAAGCCCUCAGAUCAGAGUGUCAACAGUGUUGUCAUGACACCCAAACUGGCUCGUGCAGGACCCAAGAUCUUUGACAAGGUCCGAGCGUUUGAGGAGCGACGGGCCAGCGUGGACGUGCCAGGAGGAGCUGGAUCGGCUUCAGGGAACGGACGAUCGGCUUCCUUCGACUCAGACGACGGUGGAAAGAAGACGGGAGGCCCCAGCAAGGACGAGGGCCGAGUCCUCCAGAGGCGAGAAGCUUUCAAGCAACGGGCCUCCUCUCUAGAGGACAAGACGAGCUACUCCCAGAGGGUCCAGAGCUACCAGAGCAAGUUCGCCGAGGAGCUCCAGAGGAUCAAGAAGCUUGUGGGAAAGCCGAGCUUGAAGAAGGCGUAUUCCACGGAGCAGCUGUCGCAGAAAGAGAGGCUGCCCGUGGGGAAACUGGAGCCCAUUCCUCCGCAAGUGGUUAAAAAGUUGGAGGCCAGGGAGCGAGCCGCGGAGCAGGGAAAAGUUGGAGAGACUCGUCCCCGGGCCCAAGGCAACGGUCUGAGCACUCUUAGUCACGACCCUGAAAAGGAGAGGAUGACACAGCCAGAUUCUCGGGGCACACCGGCCGACGGCUCAUCACGAGGAAACGCAGGGAAAAUCUCUGUUUCCAUGGAGACGGCACCAGUUCACCAGUUACCAGGGCAACCAUUGCCAACAGCCACAAGAACAAGCCUCACCAGAGAAAAACUACAGAGCUCUCCAGCAGCUGACAAAGACUCACUUGUCACCCAGCCGUCCUCCUCCAGAGGCCCGGGGACGCAUUCAGCGAUGAGCAGCAAAGCGGGCCGCAGAUCUCCCAGCCCUACCGGGAAGACGGGGCCCCUCGUCGCUGUGAGGGAACCGGGCUCCCAGUAUCCACCGAAGCCCCCGCGACUCACCCCGUCACCCACUCCGUCCGUCAGCCCCCUCACAAAAAGGAGGAAGGCGGAGGUGGGGCGGACGCCGCCUGCGUUGAAAAUGAACAUCCCCACCAUCGUGGUGGAGGACGAACCCACGGAGGUCGAGCGCGCUGCCGACAGGAUGAGGAGGAAAGAGCGGAGGGUUCGCAAGAGAGGACGCUCUGCUCAACCCCGGCCUCCGGAGGAAGGGGCCUCAUCCGAUGACUCCUACCUGUCCGCUGAUGAGGAGCCAGCUGAGGCCCCGAGGUUUGAGAGGCCCCUCAAAGCCACCACAGUGUCCCGCGGCUCCGAGGUCACGCUGAGAUGUGUCGUCACUGGAAACCCUCCACCUGCAGUGACAUGGAGGAAGGAUAAUGUGGAGAUACGGAGCGAUGCCUCCCAUGUGGUGAAGGCUGCGGGUGAGGAGCACAGUCUGCUGAUAAAGCAGAUGAGGCCGAGCCACGCCGGGUCGUACUGCGUCACAGCUGUCAGCGCGGCGGGCAGAGCGUCCUGCAGCGCCCCGCUCUCCAUCCAGUCAG